AUGCUGUUGGAUGAGGCAUUUGCACCUCGAAAGCUUGUAGCGCUUGCUUCUCAGAGCCUUACUGGAGCCAUGCUCAGCCUCCUUGCGUUGUGUGCCGGCUUUGUCUGCUCGGUGGUGGCCCAGUGCCCCAACCAUCCGCACCUGGAUUUGUGCGUGAUGACGACGACAACCGACAACGCAACGGCUGAGGAUGUGGACACCAACCGUGGAGGUCGCAGCGCGUCCUGGAUGGCGUUGGCUCUGCCUCUGGUGGCUGCUCGGCCAUCCUUUGCCGCUGCUUUCGCAGUGGCAAUGAUGGCAACGAGUGUGAAUGCCCACGAGCACGGCAUGUCUUGCAGCAACAUCCGUACCUUCUACCAGGCCCAGAGCUGCUGCUCUGAGGGUGACCAGCCCAUGCCCCUUGACUUCAGCACCAGCGAAGGAAGCAGCUUCAGCAACUCCGUCUGCGAGGCGAGCAGCCCGGUGGGUGUAUGCCACUGUGAGAAGGCCUUGCAGCUGCUAUCACAGGUGGACGGCGUCCAAUUCCCGGUGGAAUUCUGCUCGCAGAUGGCUGAUGUGAAGCCCGUGGGCUACCACGACCAGCCCAUCUGCGAGGCCUCAGAUGCUGGUGCCAAUGCAGCCUACCUGGUGGACGGCAAGGCUGGUAACACCAACUUUCCGCAUGGCAACAUCAAGGUGCUGGCCACGGCUGGUGAGGUAGACCCUACUACGGGCUCCAUGCUCACAGGCGUCCCGGACGGGCUGGGGGCAUACCUCAAAGAUGCCAACACUGUGCGGCUGAUCUACCAGAGUGAGGCCUACGGCCAGCUGGUCACCUCCAAUCCAGAGUCCUUUCCCUGGACGGUAAACAGCAACAGGUCCCACAUUCACUACAUCGACUACGACCGCAGCAUGCUCGCCACCUUCAUGGACGCUGGGGCACCUUCCAAGGCCCAGGGAAUGGUGAAGGGAGCGGGCAAUGCCGUGAGCAAGGCCUACAACCUGAAGCGGGAGCCCGUCGGCCCACGGAAUCGCACUGGUGAUGGCCUUCAGGCCACAACCUCCAACGUGCACGAGAGCAAUGUGGAUGUAGAUGGUAACUACAUCGUAGGCUCCACGGCGAAGGCCCCCAGCAAGGCCGACUGGCUCAUGCAGUCCCUUUGCUCCGCACACCUGGAGGUGAGGCACCAGUGGGGAGACGGCAAAGGUGUCGAGGAUAAUCUUUUCAUCACCAACGAGGAGUGGAUCGCCUACCCAACAAACUCCAUGCCCAUCGGCCUGCCCGUGCAUGUCUUGGACCUGAGCACGGGUGAGCUCUGGGCUACAGCGGUCUUCACCCUCGGAGGCCACGAGAAGAUUGUGGAAGUGAACAGUGGCCAUCAGGACUANNGUGGCCUUCGUCCCCUCUGGCUACAACGGACGGAUGGCAACCCGUAUGUGUGGCCGCGCGACGUCGUUCCCACAAAGCUGUAUAUUGGCAAGAAGAACACAGACAAGGACGGCAACGCGGACACCACGGAUUUCCUGGCAAGGAAUGGCUUCGAGUACGGAGCACUUUACGGCUUCGCAGUCGACUGCAACGCCGUCACCACUCGCGAUGCAUGGCACAAGACCGCUUCUCCUGGUGACAACGUGACUGGCGCCUUCUACAAGCUGCGCUGGCAAGCAACUCGUGGGGUGGUGCAGGGCUUCGAACACGACGGAAGCUGGGAAUUCCAGGAUGCCCCUCAGGGCGCUCCAGCAGGCUGGUGCUUUUGGAACUCCAAUGGCAAGGAUGCUUCUGGUGCCAAGACGGAGCACGUGUCGCCCGACCCUAGGGGUGGCCAUCGUGUGCUGCAGGGCUCCACGGCAGGCUACUUUGGUAUCUAUGACUUCUCCAACUUGCCGACCCUGCUUCAGUCUGCUGGCAGCACCAUGCCCAACUCCAUCCCGGCAACUUACACCGUGCACCAGCCGGAGUCCGACAUCGUAGAUCUCAUCGAGUUGGGCGGUGCUGGUAUCCGUGCAGAUGGCAACAACCAGACCAGGAUGCGCGACAGCAGUGCAGACAAGACCACCUUCGAGGACGUGGAUGGCAUGGAGUGGAUCGCUGCGGCCAAUGGUGAGGAUUACUUCGUGAUUCAUGAGGAUGGUGGCAACUGGUACGGAGAGCGCAAGUUCCUGGCCAAGGUUGGUGUCCCUAUGAAGUACUACUUCGUCGCGCAGAGUGGCGGCCGUCAAAACUCCCGCGAGCUUGCCGGCGUCAGUUCUGUAUCUGGUGUGCACGGCGGCGCGGGCUCCCACGAGUUCUCCGGUGCCUUCGACCUGUCCGGACUACUCCGCAAAGAUGCUCCAGGAAACUUUGAGCUUCCGGUUGGAGACCUCACUGGCAAGAAGCGCCAGUUGGAGGCUGCCACGCCCAUCAACGAGAAGAUCAUUGCAGUAAAUCUGCAAGCGCACACGAACAGGGCGGGCAUUGCUGCCACUUUCGCUUCUGAUCGCGUGGCUCAGGUCCUCGCCUACAAGCCACAGGUGCCCGCAUAA